CAGAUAAGCGCAGGUUGUGCUUUCAUGCUCUUUGUUUCCCAACAAAAUUUCUUAAAUUUAAUCACCGCCACAAAUAAUGUCUAGGGAAGCUGUCGAGGUGCUUAUUUGCAACUUCUGAUCCUGCCAUUCACGGCAUUCACCCCACGACUCGUGUCAACAGUCUGUGUCUCCCACGUCGAUCACCCGGUCCUGUGAAUCAAUCACCCCCCUCGGUUUUCUACGUCACCUACCACCUCUUCUCUCCACAAGUCUUGACCACUUUCUCACCUUGACCUUCGAAGAAAUAAUCUACCAUCGACCAACUGCCCACCAUGGAUGACGCGAUCGGCCAUUUCAUGGCGUUCACUGGCGCCGGCGCUGAUGUUGCGAGACGAUAUUUAGGCUUGACGGAGAACAACCAUGAACAGGCCAUCCAACUCUUCUUCGACUCUCCUGAGCUUGCAUCAGGCUUGGACCAACAACCUGAACCAUCUGCGCCAACUGUACCUACCUCUACUCGACCGCAAACUGGUUCUGCAAGUGCUGGGCAGGGGACUUCGAAAGAAGCUAUUGAAAUCGGCUCGGAUGAUGAUGAGAAUAUGGAUCUUGAUGACGAUGACAAUGACGAGGAGGCUGCUGAACGGGUAGCGGCUACAGCUGCAGCUCACGCCGCUGAUUUGGAAGACGACGAGGCUAUUGCGAGGAGAAUGCAGGAAGAGCUCUAUGCUGGUGGCGAUGCCAGCGGCGGCUACGAUGCCGAUGGGGUGAGAGCACCUAUAGGACGGAGAACGGAAACUUUGGUGGGAGGACCUGAGGGAGACUGGGAUACUGAGGACAUGCACGCAGCAGUUUUGCAACAAAUGAGAGGUAGACAAAACAGACAGCCCCCGGCCGGCCUCUUCAACCAAAGACCUGUACCUUCAAUCUGGGAUGAAUCUGUUGAUGCAUCGUCACGUCGUCAAGGUCUUGCCGAAGCAACUGGUGGAGCUUCCGAAGCAUCGUCCAAAGCCGCCCGUCUCGCUGAAUUGUUCAGACCACCAUUCGAGCUGAUGCACCAAGUACCGUGGGACGUUGCUCGAGACAAGGGCAAGGAAGAAAAUAAGUGGAUAUUGGUCAACGUACAAGAUUCGUCCAUAUUCGAUUGCCAGCAACUUAAUCGGGACAUUUGGAAGCAUGAGGGCAUCAAGGAGCUGGUUAAGGAAAACUUUAUCUUCAUUCAGUACAUGAAGGAUGACCCGCGAGGCAAUCAGUACGCCCAAUACUAUUUUCCAUCCAAAGACAGCCAAGCUGCAUAUCCUCACAUUGCUAUCGUCGACCCGAGAACUGGAGAACAGGUCAAAGUAUGGUCUGGACCACCGGUUCCACAAGCUGGCGAGUUCCUCAUGCAGCUAGUUGAGUUUCUCGAUCGGUACAGCCUUGACGUCAAAAAGAAGAACCCUGUUGCUAAGCGGAAGCCUGAGAAAGCAAAGUCGAUUGACGUUGACCGACUUACAGAAGAGGAGAUGCUGGAUUUGGCCUUACAGAACAGCCUUCAGAACAACGGAACUGCUGCCGGCCCCAAGGAAGACGACCCUGAUGAUCUGACGAAGAGUUUUGGGGAUGUCAGCAAAGGAAAAGGAAAGGAGGUUGAGGGGAGGUCUGCGAACACCGAGCCCGAAAAUGGCGAGGCUAGCAAUGGUGCAGGAGCUUCUGCUUUCUCACAGAUCUUACCAAACAACCCUCACACCGAGCCUGAGAUGGGACCUCAAGUCACUCGCAUUCAAUUCCGACAUUCCAAUGGGCGUGUUGUACGCAGAUUCAGAGUCGGUGAUACCGUACGUCGGAUUUACGAAUGGCUUAAGGCUGAUCCAUUGGAAGGGAAGGAGGGAGUUGCGUUCGACCUGAAAGGUAUGGGCAAGGAUCUGAUUGAGCACCUUGAUGAGACGAUCGAGGAUGCUGGGCUCAAGAACGGAACGGUAAUGGUGGAGUUCGUUGAGGACUAGACUCCCCGUACUUCGUAACAUCUCGGCAUUAUCAGCGGCUGCUAUAUCCGCACAGUUGUCCAUCCGCUCGAGGAAGGUCUUUGGCAUGGGUUACUGAGGUUCAGAGGUACAUGGCAGGCGUUUUCACACUUUCUCCCGGUCUCAUUGCUUGCAUCUAGAGGGACUCUGGGCCAAUGACAAAUUGGGCAUAGAAUGAAUUCAUGAACAAUCCCAACC